AUGGGAUGGCUUUGGGGAUCAACUCCCAGCGAUGCUGCUCAGAACACGGAAGCUCGACGAAAUGAACCCGUCGCCGCCCGGUCGCGUGGUGCUGCAUUAACAGAAGAGCAGCGAAUGCGCAUCUUUGGCCGACCAGGACCCAUUCCCGCCGCUUCAUCAUCCACAGCCACAUCAACAUCAACAUCCCCCGAAACGCGCGAACAAAAAGCCGAUGCAGAGUUGGAGGCCUUGAUCCAAUCCUUCUCCGCCUCCGACCCCGCAUUCAAGCAAUCCGGCGCAGAAAACGUCGAUGCCAACGGCCAAAAAGAAGCCGUCGAGGACGCAACCCAUUACGAUCGAAUCCUCCCCGAUGGCYCCCUCGACAUUUCCCCCGAAGCCGUCUACCCGCGCACCAUGUCCUGUCGCUCGGCCUUUGAUCAGGCCUUUUACUGCCAAUCCGUCGGCGGCAAGUUCAAUGACAUUUAUCGCCAUGGACAACUCCGACAGUGCUCGGAACAAUGGGCGUCCUUUUGGUUCUGUAUGCGGACGAGGACAUUGCCGGACAAGGACAAGGCGGUCAUGAUCCGUGAUCAUUAUAUGCAGCGCGAUGAGGAGAGACGGAAGAAGUUUGGGAGCAGUGAGGAUGUUUGGGAGUUGAGGAAGACGGCCGUCACGAGGGCUUUUGAGAGAGAUMCCGAUGCUGAUGAGGCGGCGCAAGAUUUGAUUGCUGGUGUGAAGGAAUGA